CUUUGUUCUCUUCAUCAUUCAAUAACUUCUUCACUUCAAUCUCUUCCUUCAUUUUAAUCCUAUAGUUCAAGAAAUUUGGAAGCUGUAGUGUUAUUUUUGGUACUAGUAAUUAAUUAAAACCAUGUUUAGAGCAAUGAGUACACGAAGAGAUUAUAGAGGAUACGGAGUAUUGAAUAAGGAGAUCGAGGAGGAGGAACCUUGUGCUCCAAUAUUGGGGAAGCCUAAGUUGAGCAGAAACAGAACAGUUCCAGCUGCUGCUAAAUUCUUUAGCUCUUCCUCCAAGAAGGUCACGUCCGAGGAUAAUUUUCGCGCGAAUGCUCAGUUAAAGGAAGCGAAAAAAGCAAGCAAGAUUCAUCCGAUAUUCAGUCUAUUUGAAACGAAGAAAAAGAAGAAGGCAACUGCUAGGCCUGAAUUCUCGAGGUACAUUCAGUAUGUUAGAGAGGGAGGUUUUGGUGAUGUGUUGCAGACCACUUCCUCCAAAUCCAACUUGGCUACUUAGUUAUUUAAAACAUGUUCCCAAGUUAAUUUGGACUUUGUGGUAAAGAAGACCAUCGAUUAUAUUUUAUAAGUAGUUCUUUAUGUGUGAUUUUACGGUACCAAACAAUUUGGAGUCGAUGAGCAUGAUAUUCAAUUGUAAUGAAGUGUGUAUAUAUGCGUAAUAUGCAAACUUGUUAUGGAUUGGGAAA